AUUUUUUCCACAAGCCAUUUGGGAACUAAGAAAGAUGUUGCCUUAAAAAAUAACAAAAUAGAUUUUUUAUGUCAAUAUAAUUAUGUCAAAAUACUUAAUCAGCAGAGUACUGAUAUUAGUUCUCACAUAAAGAGUUUCUUUUUCAUCAAAUCUGCUUAAAGUGAAUUCAGAGCAAUUUAAUAUAAAUGCUCUGAAUUGCCAAACCUCUCAAAAAUCCUAUUUAUAAAUAAUUUUAAAAAACGUCUAUUUAUCUUCCUCAUUUAACUCUCACGCUGCAUGUAGCGUUGGUGUCUCCUGGGCCGGUAGGGCAGUAGCCCAGGGCGCCAAGUUUUACUUUUUUUAGGGGGGGACAGAAGGGGCGAUUUUGGAAUUUUUAAUUUUUAAUUUUAAUUUUUUUGCAAACGUUGUACCUUAUAUAAAACUGUCUUUUCUGUGUGUAUCCGUCCAGCACAUGGCGGCGGCGGCGAUCCUUUAGCCGAGCUCCUAAUUGACAGAUGAGCUGCGAACUGAUCUGGGAGCUGCUUUUUUUUUUCAGAGCAUCGACUCAAAUUAAUCAGAAACCUAAUCCAGCUACGUUCUGUAGCGCACAAACCUGUUCUGUGCUCUGAUAUUCUCUGCCAUUGUGUGUGUGUGUUUUGACGGGGUUGUGAUAGUGAGUGGAUGUCGUGUGUGUGUUUGUGUGAGAGAGAGGGAGCAAAUUGCUGUUCAUCUAAUCUCUCAAAGUGAUGGAGUGGGAGGAGGUUUUUUUUUUCUUUUUUGCUGCAGCUGCAUGAGAGAGAGAGAGAGAAAAGUGAGCUUGUCCACCUAGUGCUUUCUUCACAGACGGCUGCAUGAUAAUCCCAAUCUGAGGCCAUUAGUGCGCUGAGAGAGAGAGAGAGCGAGGGUUCACCGGAGUGAGGAAGGGAGGAGUGACUGCUUUGGACAGAGACGCGCACGGCUGAAAAAAGGACGGCAGAACGGGAGGAGAGCUUUUAAGGGAUUUGGCAGAGAUUUGGAGAUUCUCAUGCCGUAAUGUUGCACUUCCCUCUGCUUCUGCCAGGAUGCCGCACUCUAAGAGCCUCGAGAGCCUCUUCUUCAUUUAGUCUUUUUUAAAAUUACAUAAAUUUUUAUUUUUUUUAAAUAUAUUUUCCAACUUGUUUUUUUUAGUUGUUUUUUUAACCGUGCAGAGCAGGCAGUCUGAGAUGACAGAGCCUCGGGUUUGAAGUGCAGCCCAUCGAAUCUGGACCGAGGUUGGAGGCCCGCCUGGACAAUCUCCUAUGAUGGAUGAAUGAAUGAAGAGUGAUCCAUGAAGAAUGGGCAGGUAGACGGAGUGGCCCGGUGCUGCCAGUACCUCUGCUGGACAUCAUCAUGAUGCCAGAGGCCGGUCCAUACCAUCUCCUCUGCCGUUCCGCCUCGCUGUUUGCGUCUCGUCCAUGGCUUCGUGUGCUGUGGCUCCUGCUGGUGGGCUUCAGCCCCCUCUCACUGGGCACCCAGCCCCAGCCCCAGUCCAGCCUCAAAAUCGAGGGUGACAUCACCCUGGGCGGGCUCUUCCCGGUCCACUCCCGGGGGCCUGCCGGUGUGCCCUGCGGCGAGAUCAAAAGGGAGAAGGGGAUCCAUCGGCUGGAGGCCAUGAUGUAUGCCUUGGACCAGAUCAACAGCGACCCCGACCUGCUGCCUAACAUCACCCUGGGGGCCCGGAUCCUUGACACCUGCUCCAGGGACACCUAUGCCCUGGAGCAGUCGCUCACCUUCGUCCAGGCCCUCAUCCAGAAGGACAACUCGGGGGUCCGCUGCUCCAACGGAGAGCCCCCCAUCAUCCCCAAACCGGAGAGGGUGGUGGGAGUGAUUGGGGCGUCGGGCAGCUCCGUGUCCAUCAUGGUGGCCAACGUGCUCAGACUGUUUGCGAUCCCCCAGAUCAGCUACGCCUCCACUGCCCCGGAGCUGAGCGACAACAGCCGCUACGAGUUCUUCUCCCGCGUGGUGCCCCCGGACUCCUACCAGGCCCAGGCCAUGCUGGACAUUGUCAAGGCCAUGGGAUGGAACUACGUCUCCACGCUGGCCUCCGAAGGCAACUACGGGGAGAGUGGCGUGGACGCCUUCGUGCAGAUAUCCAGAGAAGCAGGGGGUCUCUGCAUCGCUCAGUCCAUAAAGAUCCCCAGAGAGCCCAGACGAGGCGAGUUCGAGAAAAUCAUCAAGAGACUGAUGGAGACGUCUAACGCUCGCGGAGUCAUCAUCUUUGCUAACGAGGACGACAUCAAACGGGUGUUGCAGGCUGCGAAAAAAGCCAACCUGACAGGCCACUUCCUGUUUGUCGGGUCUGACAGCUGGGGGGCCAAAAGCUCCCCAAUCGAAGAUCAGGAAGAGGUGGCAGAGGGAGCGGUCACCAUCCUGCCAAAAAGAGCCUCUAUUGAUGGCUUUGACCAGUACUUCACCUCGAGGUCGCUGGAAAACAACAGAAGAAACAUCUGGUUUGCUGAAUUUUGGGAGGACGACUUCAAGUGCAAACUGACUCGACCCGGCAUAAAAUACGACCCCGACAGAAGGAAAUGCACAGGUGAAGAAAGGAUCAGCCGGGACUCUCAGUAUGAACAGGAGGGCAAGGUGCAGUUUGUCAUCGACGCCGUGUACGCCAUGGCCCACGCGCUGCACAGCAUGCACAUGGACCUCUGUCCCGGCUCCAUGGGCGUCUGCGAGAAGAUGGACCCCGUGGAGGGCCGGAUGCUCCUCCAGUACAUUCGCUCUGUAAACUUUAACGGCAGCGCAGGUACGGCGGUGAUGUUCAAUGAGAACGGAGACGCUCCCGGUCGCUACGAUAUCUUCCAGUACCAAAUGUCCAAUGUCAGCAAUCCCGGCUACAGGGUCAUCGGCCAGUGGACAAACCACCUGCGACUUAACCUGGAGGAGAUGCAGUGGUCAGGAGGCGACCGCAAGAUCCCGGAGUCCGUGUGCAGCUUCCCCUGUGAGCCCGGUGAGAGGAAGAAGAUGGUGAAGGGCGUUCCCUGCUGCUGGCACUGUGAGCUCUGUGACGGCUACCAGUUCCUGCUGGACGAGUUCACCUGUGACAUGUGCCCUUUUGACAUGCGGCCCCUGAAGAACCGCACAGGCUGUCGGCCCACGCCCAUAAUCAAGCUGGAGUGGAGCUCUCCCUGGGCCAUCAUCCCCGUCUUCCUGGCCAUACUGGGAAUCCUAGCCACGACCGGAGUCAUCGCCACCUUUGUCCGAUUCAACGACACGCCCAUUGUUCGCGCAUCUGGCAGAGAGCUGAGCUACGUCUUGCUGACGGGCAUCUUUCUGAUCUACCUCAUCACCUUCUUCAUGAUUGCGGAGCCCAGUGCGGGUGUGUGCACCAUACGCAGGCUGCUGCUGGGUCUCGGGAUGUGCAUCAGCUACGCCGCCAUGCUCACCAAGACCAAUCGGAUCUACCGGAUCUUUGAACAGGGCAAGAAAUCAGUCACGCCUCCCAAGUUCAUCAGCCCCACUUCUCAGCUGAUUAUCACCUUCAUCCUCAUUUUGGUUCAGUUACUGGGGGUGUUCGUUUGGUUUGGCGUGGUUCCCCCUCACACUACCAUUGACUAUGACGAGCUAAAGCCUCCGAAUCCGGAGUUUGCACGUGGGAUCCUGAAGUGCGACAUGUCCGAUCUGUCCCUCAUACUCUGUCUGAGCUACAGCAUUGUGCUCAUGAUCACCUGCACGGUGUACGCCAUCAAGAGCAGAGGAGUACCGGAGACCUUCAAUGAGGCAAAGCCCAUCGGCUUCACCAUGUACACCACCUGCAUCAUCUGGCUGGCCUUCGUUCCCAUCUUUUUUGGAACAGCACAGUCUACAGAGAAGAUGUUCAUCCAGACCACCACCCUGACCGUCUCCAUGAGCCUGAGCGCCACCGUGUCCCUGGGCAUGCUCUACAUCCCCAAGGUCUACGUCAUCAUCUUCCACCCGGAGCAGAACGUCCAGAAGAGGAAGCGCAGCUUCAAAGCCGUGGUCCAGGCGGCCACCGUGUCCACGCGCCUGUCCCAGAAGGUCAACGACAAGCAGAACGGAGAGUCCAAGAUGGAGCCGGACAGGUCUCAGUGACACGGCGGGGGGCGGGGGGGACAUUUAGAGGUGGAAACAUCUGACCGUCUGUUUCUGUCCUUCAGUUGUGGAACCAAACUACCAGCAAAUGUGGAGGUUUAUAAAACUUUAUUCAACCUGGAGGGAAACAUGGAAACAAAGGAGAAACUCACACAAUUAGGGACUGUAACAAUACUGAGCCAUCUUGAAUCAAAUGGAAAAACAACAGAUUUUUUAUGCUCCUUUAUCCAUCUACAGCUCUCGUCUAAAAUUCGCACACACUCAUCAUGGUUAUGGAUGUUAUACUCAUUUUCAGGCUUUUAUUGUUGCACAUUAUUUAUGCAAUAGAUGAAUUGCAUUUCAAAAAUAUGAAAUUGGUGCACAAGUUUGGAUUCUCUGUUGUUGAUUUUCUAAUCCACAAAGGGACAAAAUGAGACGCAGAAGCUCAGAUACGUACGUAAACAUCCUUCCAUAUUUGAGUAAAUGUCCUUCAGCACACUGCAGAGAAACCACACGCUUUUUGAGGCCAUCAGCAGAAUUCUGCAUGGAUAUUUCACCACUCUUCUUCUUCUUCUUCUUAGGAAUGAUCAACUCAUUUAAAUCGCAUUCAUUCCACAACCUAAUGUCGGCCUGCUUCAUGCAUUCCAAAAACCAGUUGUAAUUAGGAGUCCACCGAUAAAUUUUGCAGAUAGGACGAUACUUGCAAGAGAAACUGAUCUUAUCUAACUCUGCAAAGGUGUAUCCUUUUUCUCUGCUGGUUUAACUGACAGAUCUUCUACCAGGUCACAUCCACACGUCUCCAACGACGUGAUUUUGUUGCUUUAUUUAUCAACUUUUCAGACAAAAAAAAAAAAAUCCAUAUUGGCCAAAAUUGGAAUCGACAGGUCAGGCUUUUUAAAAGAUAGGUGAUCGACUGGAAAACUUGAGUCGGUGCAGCUCUAGUUGUACUGCGUUUGGGAUCAGUGUCCUGUUGGAACAUCCACAGGUGACCAAGUUUCAGGCGACUAGCUGUGAAGUUCAAGGAUCUUGAUCUAGUCCUCCUACGUCAAUGAUCAAACAUCCAACUGCAAAUUGUGCCUCAAGUACAAAAUCUGUUUCAAAACGAUUUCUACAUAUAUGAGCCUAUAUUUAUCAUUUUCACCCUUUGUGGAGAACAAAGAAUUCACAACCAAUUUCUAUUUAAAAAAAUACAUAUAUGCUGUUUGGAUUAAAGAACGGUUUAAAUGUGUGUCUAAAAGCCCUUAACGAUUGGUGGACAUAAACGUCUCAGCAGGACUGUCCUUAUACCUCAGCUUAACGGAGGCGUGUUGGGGUUUAAACGCUCCUUCGGAAAUACUUCUUAGGAGAAAGAAAAGCCUUUUCCUUUGUCCUACAGGAAGAUUUACAUCGUUAGCAGAAGCCGUUGGGACCGAUCGGCUCCUAAAGCACUGCAUGGUUUCUGUGUUUUAUGUGUUUAUUAUGAAUGUUUCACACGUUGUUCAUGAGGGAUGACCGUCUCUUAUCACACUGGAGAGAGAGAGAUUUAAAACAUAUCACUAUGUCUGUAUCGCUGCUGGUCUCAAUAGCCAGUCGCUUAUGUCACGCAAUAUUUCUCUUUUUUUUUUUUAACUAAUGUAAUAACGAGACAACCUAAUUUGUUUUUAGGUGGAAACUUCAUUUAGGGGCACAAACAGGACGUGGGUGAUUUUGAGCAGGAUGUUUGUUCUCUACCUGGCACUCUUACAUCAGCAUUCUGGAAGACAAUGUUUGGUAUUUCCCCAUAUUGUUUGUGAAAAUAUGAAGCAUUCUGUGAAAAGGUCAGGCUGCGUGGCAGCUGUACGACUCCCGCCUGGGAAGCUGCCAGAGCGCAGCCGAUCGGCCUUCAUCACCAUGAAAAUACGUUCGAGGAAAUGUUGGGAAUGAUUAAAAUGACACUGAAUCAAUACGAGCUCA